AUGCAAAGCUCAUGUUCCGCCGAGGCGUGUGCCGGCCUCGAACUCGCCAGUUUGCUCGCCUUCCUGCGGGCCGACGACAAGUCGGCUUCGUUGCCACAGCAGCCGGUACAUGAGGACGGUUGUGAGGAGGAGGAAUUUAUGGCCAGUCUGAAACGAGUCUUACGCAUCCUCGAGGCCGCGGUCGCGCGCGGCCUCCUCACCGAGCCGCUGGCUGCAAUGCUCUUUCAGGCCGUGCUCAUUGACGAUCGAAUCGGCUCAAGAGACCUGACCAAAGCCGGGACUCGAACUCAGGUUCCGAAGUCGGCCACCGCCUCGGCAAACGUGACUGCAAUUGCAGCCAAUCCGUCGAGUUGUGCCGGUUCGGAGGGCAGCAAAGACGCCGGCGACCGACGGUUCGGCUGGCGCGGACUGCUCGCCAGCGCGUCUGCGAUGCUUCGUAGAAAGCGGCGCCUGCACCGAAACACACUCAGCCUGACCCGCCCGACAGUCUACCCUCGGGCGCUCUCCUCUUCGCUUAUCCCCCCCCUUCUGUCCCCGCCCAACAACAGCGUGGCCUCGGCCUUCCGGCACUCUUCCGACUCCUUCUUCUCUCCUCCUUUUCUCUCUUCCUCCUCCUCCUCCUCCUCCUCACACUCCUCCUCACACUCCUCCUCACACUCCUCCUCCUCCUCCUCCCUCUCGCCCUCUUGCGAGCCCCACUACUCCCACUUUUGCCACGCAUGGCCUCCAGAGUUCGCCUAUUCGGGACUCGCCUGGCCCGGCAGACCCGAGCCCCAAAGACCCCUGCCUCCGAUUCCGCGGCCUCAGACGGCACCAAAUGCCAGCGACAAUCCUCUCGCGCCCGACAAGCCGGCUCACUUGGACUCGGACUUUCUGUACUCCUUUUAUGUGUUCGACGAGCUCACGUCGGCUGGUCCAAGUCUGGCGCCAAGUGGAGCGGACGUCAGUCAACUGCAAGCGUCCUCGAGUCUCUCCCGCAGAAGCGCAUCAUCACGGCCUGCUCAGAGCCCUGUUUACAACUUUCCCAUGGGAUAA